AUGGAUCCUAGAGAUCAACAGCGGAACUCGAGCCCCAAGGACCAUGGACAAGUGCCGAUACCGGAAGGGUCGCCCGCCAACUCCAAGGGCCAGGAUCCGCAGGAAGGGCAGCCCAGGAACUCGACGUGGGGAGCGGAUGAGCUGGAAAUGCUGAGGCGAGCCGCUAAGAUUGCCAAGAAGAAGGCAGCCGCAGCUCGCCAGGCGGCAGCAUCCAACUUACACACGCCCAAGACAGCAAAGCCGGUCCCGUCUUCUGACAUGCCCACGGGCCCCGGCAUGACGGGGUCGGGAUCAAAGUCAGGGUCAGGAUCAGGAUCGGAAAACGCAUCUGUAUCUGGGUCUGGAUCAGGACUCGGAUCUGAGUCUGCAUCUGGAUUGGGAUCGGGAUCACAGGCUCAAGGUUCGCACGCUUCCCACUCGCAAGACGCGCUGCCCCAGUCCAGCAAGUCGGGAGAGCACAAUGAUGAGACGGACGCCAACGGCAAGCGCCACCACAGCAAAAACGAGACACCUGCAUGGCGCAGGAGCAGCGAGCCGGUGGUGGUGGAGGACAAUGCCACUGUUGCCCAGCUAGUGGACUUGGUGUGCUCACUGCUGAGAGUCCCUGUGUACCUCCUCUGGGAUCUACCUCGUCAAGUCGUUUUCAAGUUGCUGUGGAAGAUGUUAGUGUCUGUGGUGAAGGGCGUCGGUAAGCCGUUGACCUGCUUCUUGGUGGUUGCUUGUGUUGUGUUGAAACCGUUGUUGGACAGCAUUGCGGGUAGCGCGGUGGUCAGCCCUGCGCUGAGGUGGAUGGUCGGGUUGCUGCCGCUUUUGGGUGGACAGUCGAUGGCGACAGGUGACAACGGCGUAACGUUUGGUUUGAUGACGACGAUCCAGACACGGUGUCCGUAUACGCACGACAUGUACGCCAACAUGGGAUAUCUAUCGGCCGUCUCGACCGACGCAAGCAACUCAGGAGUGGCGAGGGCCUUUGUGGACGCGUCUCUGAAGCGGAAGAGCCUCGUACCCAGUGACAUGAUGAGGUCGGGGUCGGGGUCGGGGUCGGGGACGGGGUCUUCGUCGCUGGCCUUCUUUCUGUCCAACGUCACCAGGAACGUGGACGAGAUCAACCACCGCGACGGCAAGUUCUAUCAACGAUUCGCCAAAGGCAUUCUGGCCGACUACAACAAGGCCCAAUGGCUAAGGGUGACUAUGAUGGGCGCCGACAAGGAGCAGGUGGCAGCGCAGACGACCUUCACCUCCAAGAUGAUGGCGCAGUUGCCUACGGGACCGGUGCCUUGGGCAGGGGUGAGGUGCUGGAUAACGGGCUCGUCUCCAGCGCACAGGCGGCUGGAGAAUCGGGCAGCAACGCUCCGAGGCAUACUCGACCAUGCCAUGCGCACAGGGUUUGAGGAAGCCGACUCCUUCAGCGGCAGCGACAGCGGCAAGGCUCAGCUGGUGGAGUUGGCCGACGGCAUUCAGGAGUAUGUCUGUCGUUUGCACGAGCCAAUGGUGGAAGCCGUUGAGAUGGGCGAGAUUAAGCUGCGCGGUGCCCAGAUGGCGGCGGUGCGAGGGACGAGCUCGAUAGCCGAGUCGGACCUCGUGGCGCUCGACAGGGCGAGGGACGAGCUGCGGGUGAUGGGAGCGGUGGGUUCGACGAUUUGCGUGGAGGCACGAAGAACGGCAUCUGGCCUGAAGGCGAGCCACAGUGUGGUUGACGAUUUUCCGGAGACGCUGAAGGGGCUCAAGGAGAGGCUCGAAGGGCUUUCGGGUGUCGGAGUCGGGGGAGAAUCGGAGAGCAGGCGGAGGAGGAGGAAGUGUUGGGAUGACGACGACGUCGCUGAGGAUGAGCUGCAGUUGCUUGGGAUUGUCAGCGAGCUCUUGAAGGCGAUGAAUGAAGCUUACCUGCUCGAGUAG